GAGACCUGAGAGGCACCAGACCCAACCGCCACACCACACACCUCCCAGCUCUGCAGACGAGAUGCAGCAACUGUGUGUGUAUGUGCUGAUCUUUGCCCUGGCUCUGGCUGCCUUCUCUGAAGCUUCUUGGAAGCCCCGCUCCCAGCAGCCAGAUGCACCCUUAGGUACAGGGGCCAACAGGAACCUGGAGCUACCCUGGCUGGACCAGCAAGGCCCAGCCUCUCACCACCGAAGGCAGCUGGGACCCCAGGGUCCCCCACAAUUCGUGGCAGACCCAUCCAAGAAGCAGGGACCAUGGAUGGAGGAAGAAGAAGCAGCCUAUGGAUGGAUGGACUUUGGCCGCCGCAGUGCCGAGGAUGAGAACCAACAACCCUAGAACCAAGCUUCAGAGCCCAGCCACCUCCCACUCCACCCCAGCCCUAUCCCCUGAAAAACUAAUCAAAAAUAAACUAGUUUCCAGUGGA